AUGGUUCUCCAAAGAAAAAGGUUCAAUUUCUCUGACUCCACAGCCCGAGUCUUAUCAGCUUCCUACUGUGGCUGCUUUGCUAUGUGUUUUGUUAUGUUCGCAGUUCAUUUCAUCUACAGAUAUUAUGUUGCUUGUCAGCCAGACAAACUCUCUUAUUUCCGAGGAAAAAACUAUAUUUACUGGAUUGUCGGAAUGUUGUCCAUAGCGUUGAGUUGGGUGACGGUUGCUUAUGUUCUCUUUGAGGAGGAUGAGGAGACAACAAAGGAUUUGGAAUUUAUUCUCUCAACAUGUUAUGAUCUCAAACAUGAAAACGUCGGUUACGUUCCAUACUCAUUUUAUCAAACGAUUUCCUCUGAAAGAACAUUGCGCAUGGAUAACUUGAUUGGGGUUGUACAUCAUUUAACAGUUAUGCAACUCUCCAUCACCGCCGUAUUCUAUUAUGGAAUUAAGACGUAUUGGAAAAUAGGUCACAUCAAGGGAAAAUCUCAGAGAACAAGAGAUUUACAACAUCAAUUUUUCACGGCUCUAGUGGUUCAAACUACGAUUCCAUUGAUAUUCAUGUUCAUACCAAAUUCUGUUCUGACGGUUGCCGCAUUUGUGGAUGGAACAUUUGGAGCAUGGGCAAAUGUUACUGUUGUUAUGAAUCAUUUAUACCCGGCAGCAGAUCCAUUUGUCAUUUUAUUCAUUAUCAAAGGGUUUAGAAAUACUGUCAAAAAUUUUUUGCUUUGUCGUGGAGCCCCACAGACAGCAAUCAUUUCAGUGAAUGGAACAACGAAGAAACAAGAUCAUAAAUCAUAUUCGAGUGUCAUUUAUUGA